AUGAAACCAACACCGGAGCCCAACACCUUCGACGUCCAUACCGACCUCCUGUUCAACCCCAAAACGAAGACCUGGUUAACAGACACUUCCAUCACCAUCUCACCCACAAGUGGCCUCAUCACCGCUGUCUACCAACGCAAGCGUGCGCUCCCAACCGUCGUUCCAAACUCAGACAUCGACCUACGAGGCCAAUGCGUCCUUCCCGGCCUCGUAGACGCCCACACACACAUCUUCUUACACGCGUACUCCCAAACCCCCGCUCUCAACCAAAUGCGCGACGAAAGCCUUGUCGAACGCAUCAUCCGCGCCACCAACCACUGCCGCGCCGCCCUGCUAGCUGGCUACACAACUUACCGUGACCUUGGCACCGAAGGCGCCUUCGACGCGGACAUCCAUGUCCGUGAUGCCGUCAACCGCGGCAUCAUCCCCGGCCCGCGCAUCUUCUGCGUGGGCGAAGCGCUUGCCUCCUCCGGCGGCUACGAGACCCGAAUCGAGAACCGCAUCGGUGGCGUCACGGUCCCACGUAUCUCAGAUCCCUGCGAUGGACCCAUGGGGGUGCGUGCGGGUGUCCGAAGACGACUAGGCGCUGGAGCGGAUCUGAUCAAAUUCUACGCCGACUACCGCAAACGGCAACUCCGCUUCCCCUCGCCGCAAUGGCCAGGUUGUCCAGAGAUCCAGUUCCCGCCCGCCAGUGGUAGUGCUAUAGACGCAGCCCGCAAUCCGAACUUACUACUCUGGCAACAAGACGAAAUGGACGCCAUCGUCGCGGAAGCGAAGCUCUCCCGCUCCCCUGUCGCGGCGCAUGCGGGUAGUGCGCUAGCCGUCACCAUGGCGGCGAAAGCGGGCGUGACGACGGUGGAGCAUGGGUUUGAGCCUAUGCACGGCACGGAGGCUAUGGAGGCGAUGCGGGAGAACAGGACGAUUUUCGUCCCCACCCUAGCAGUCGUCGAAUUGUACCUCGAUGAAAACGAAAUGAAGCCUAUCCUCGCUCAAACAAAAGCUGCAUUCGAUUCCGGGAUCAAGCUAGCUUGUGGUGGCGAUACAGGUGCGUUCGAUCACGGCGAGAACGCGCGCGAACUCGAACUUUUCCUCAAAGCGGGAAUGCCGUUGGACGAUGUGCUUGUGGCUGCUACGAUGCAUGGAUGGGAGGCUUGUGGUGGGGAGUGGUGUGGGAGGAAGUUCGGGUGGGUUGAGGAGGGUGUGGCGGCGGAUUUCGUGGGGUUGGAUGGGGAUGUCAGGAGGGAUCCUGGGGCGUUAAGGAGGGUUGGGUUUGUGAUGAAGGAUGGACGGGUGUGGAAGAGGGAGGGAAAGGCCGUUGGGAUGGUUUAG